CUUACGGCUGUUCACCACAGCUUGUAAAGUGUGUCCAGCAGCUCUGCCGCCGCUGACCCCCAACUCCCCCUCUCCCUCGUCGGCUCCCUUGUGUCCCGUGACCGCGGCGUCCAGGGCUCCUUGACUUUUCCCAGCGUGAGCCGCGAGGCGCCGCGCCGCUAUAUAAGCCGCGGCGGGGCUCGCCAACACCACCACUCCCGCUCCAACGCACACCAACACAACGAUGGCCGCAAAGCUCUCCCUCCUCCUCCUGGGCCUCGCCGCCACCCUCGCGAGCACCGAUGCCACCUCCUACGGGACAACCCAGCAAAACGCCGCCCCCGCCAACUAUGACUUCAACUGGGCCGUCAACGACGCGCCCUCCGGCAACAACUACGGCCAGCAGGAGUCCCGCCAGGGCGACAACACGAAGGGAUCCUACUACGUGCAGCUGCCCGACGGCCGCCUCCAGCGCGUCGACUACACCGUCAGCGGCGACUCCGGCUUCGUGGCGCAGGUCACCUACGAAGGCGAGGCCCAGUUCCCCCAACAGAGAUACGGCGCCCCCACCACCAGACCCACGCAGGGCUACGGCCGCUAGGCCUAAUACAUCCUGGUGUCCCUGCACCGUACCGCUCUGCACCGCACAGCACCGCCCCUCCCCGCCCCUCCUCAGCUGACAAUCCCUGCAACGCCCCUGGACCACACCGUGCCACG